AUGACAGAAGAAUUAUCAUUCAUUCGCGACUCUUUGACACAAAUGCUGGAGAACGACAGACAAGAAGACGAGUUGAUCAAGGUGAGACAGAAUUUCGAUAGCAUCAAUGAUAUCCGUCAAGCCGCUAUUCGCUAUGCAAGAAGACAUAAAUUCGCUGUAUCAACUCUGAGAAGUGGGGCAAGGCAGUUAGUCCUUGUCUGCAAGCAUUCCGGUGCCUAUCGUGCUACAAAGUCCAAGACAGCUACAAACGACUCUCAAUUAGCCACCCCUGAAGAGCCAUCCAACGAAGCGCAAGCAUCUACGGAAGUUACUACUACCACUGUCGCUGCUGAUCCAUCCACAACCACACAAGAGGCCGCUAGCACUUCAAGCACAAAGAAAAACACCCGCAAAAAGCUAAGUCAAAAGAUCCAGUGUCCAUUUGAAAUCCGAGCAAAGCCCAUGGGAUCCAGCUGGAUCAUCUACAAGGUGAAUUACGAGCACAACCAUGAGAUGGCUACAGACAUCAAGGCCUAUGCUCAACAUCGAAAGCUGUCUACAGAGACAAAACAAUUAAUCAUUGAUUUGAUGAACUCUGGAUCCACCAACUCCACCAUCAUGGAAUAUCUUCAACUGAAAGGUAUCGAUAACGUACUCAAGAAGGACAUUGCAAACAUCCGACAAGCACACUUCAAUAACAAAUCAAAGAAAGGUAACCAAAUGCAAAAACCACAGCAGUUCUUGUAUGUUAAAGCUCCUCCAUCAUCAUUACCAGCAGCUGAUCUAUCUGGAGCCUUUCAAACAACAUUACAACCCACCACCCAAGGCAGCAAACCCGCUUUAGCCAGUUGUGCAUCUGCCCGCAAUGCUGCUGCUGCUGCUGCUGCUGCUGCUGCCUCAGCUCCUACUGACAACAUGGAUCCCUCCAGUGCCGCAAACGCCAAUAUGACCACAGACGCCACUACCACCAGUCAACCACAGCAGCAAAACGAGCAGCCACAGUCUACCGCAGAGGGUGAGCAACUGUAUCAAUUUAUAUCUCAAAACAACGUGCAAGUGAAUUAG